GUUGCCAUGCGGCGGUAAAACGUGGUGGUGAAACUCGUGAAACGUGCUUACAUACUGUGCUUGUCCAUGCCAUCCGUGCUGUCUGUCGAUGUCUGUCGCAGUUAGCUGAGUAGUUCGGUAACUGAUUGUAGAGCCGUGUACGACAUGACAAGGUGACCAAAGCUAACCGCUAGCGCGCCAGACCACAGCCGUUGGCUGCUUUACGCGAGCACUGAUGGGUGUCCACGGCCUUAGUUCCUUUUUUACUCUCAAUCCUGACCUGUCGGAAUGGAGGAAUUUGCACUCCACAAAGUUAGUGGUUGACGGAAACAAUCUCAUCUACACGAUCUACUUCACGUCAAACCUCGAAUGCGUCUACGGUGGCGACUAUGAUGGGUAUGCAACAGCAAUACGCAAUUAUUUCGCUGUUUUUAAGGCAUGUGGCAUUGAGCUCAUUCUUGUGUUUGACGGUGGACAUGAUGUGUCAAACCGCAAGCUGAAGACAACCCAGCGUCGCCUCCAGGAACGCUUGGCCACUGCCAAAGCCAUUGCCAAGACAGGGGCUCCCAACUUAAAGAUUCUUCCGAUACUUGCUCAUGAAGUGUUCAAGGAUGUUGUGCGAGAACUUGGCAUCCCAGUCUUUCAGUGCAGCUUUGAGGCUGAUGAGGAAAUCGCUGCCAUUGCUAACCAUUAUGAGUGUCCAGUGGCCAGCCAGGAUAGUGACUUUUAUAUAUUCAACCUUGUUGGUGGCUUUAUUCGGCUCGACUCAAUCUCUACAACACCGCAGGUAGUGACAACAGAAAAUGGUGAAAGUAUGAAUGCUUUGUCCUGCAGGUGGUAUCAUGUUGACAACUUAUUGUGUCAUUUUCCAGGCUUUGAUAAGUCUAUGCUUCCAUUGUUUGCUACAUUGAUGGGAAAUGACUUUGUCAAUGGUGUAAUGUUCGAAGGCUUCUUCAACCACAUCAAACUUCCUCGACUCAGGAGUAAGAAACUGAAAAUCAGUAAGCAGCAUACUAAGAUGGUCGGCCUCCUCUACUGGUUGAGCACAACAAGUUCUGAUCUCGCAUUGUCCCAGAUAAUGCAGACACUAAAGACAGCAAGGCGUGAGUUCACUGCCAAAGUAAUUUUGGACACCAUGUCUCGGUAUGAAGUAUGCACGUCGCCAUUUGUUGAUAAGUUGAAGGAUGGAGCCAAAAUGGUUCUUACGGAUGCAGCAGACAGCACAUUCCCAGAAUGGUUUUCGGAACUGUACUUCAGCGGAAUUCUUAAUCCAUACCUCAUGAAUAUUGCGGCAGUGCACAAGGUGUUUCAUUUGACACAGAUUGAUUGUUUUGAGUUGGAAAGCAGCUAUGCAUGCUCACUGCCCCUGCGUCAAGUCCUUUAUGGCCUAGUAUUGAGCGUGAACUCAAAGUCCAAGGACUUGGCAUCAGUAGAAGAAUUUGACAGAGAAGGGCGGAACAUCACUCGUCGUUUUGUUGAACCCAUGCUGAGUGCAGCUGGUUAUGGGGAGCUUCCACGGUUAGAUGAAAUUCCUACUUUGACAGACCAGAAACGUAAGGAUUUAUUUUUUCGCGUAUUUGGUGUUGAAAGCAUGCAAGAUCAGUGUCCAGAAUCAUUGCAUGGUCUAUUCACAGUUAUCUGCUUCUGGCUAAAAAAUUCCAAAUUAAAAGUUAAUGAAAACCUUUUUCGCUCAUUUCUUUUGGGCAUUGUGCUAUUGAAGCUUCUUCCAAGGACAAAGUUGUCAUCACGAAAGGCUUCUGAGAAGCUCAAGUUCCUCAAGAAUGGCUGCACAGUUCGAAGCCGUGAAGGCAUAGGGGACAUUCUACCUGGUGUGGAUGAACAGCUGAGUCAAGACAUCCUAUGUUGUGUUAACAAAAACUUUUCAAAAUUCUUCAUUCGUCCCACACACAACCAUGCUAAGCGCUUUGACUUUGAAUUGGUGUACUUGGUCAGCCAACUGCAGACCUGCCUUUUGUUUGCAAGGUUUCUUAACAGGCUGUUGCUUGAACCAUGCAAAAAUGUUGAGUUUCACAAAACUCUGAAUGGCACUUUUCUUUACAACUUCACAAAGGAGCUGGAUAAUCGAGUAAACCCAGAUCUUUUUAUUGCUGAAUAUUUGGGAAGAGGAACUGUGCUUGAGACAGAGUUUUCUCUCUUCUACAAAAAGAUUCGUGGCCUUUUGCCAGAAGACAGUUUCAGCGCAGUAGCGACUGCAGGUGGAAAGAAGAAAAGAAAAAAGAGGGAGAAGGCUGAGAGUCGCAAUGUGACGGAACAGCAAGAUGACUCGUUUGAACUGCUGUCAAACCGCUUCGAAGGGCUUUUGAAGGAAGGAUUGUGAUUGAUUGUGUGUGCUGUACAUUAACUUCAUUAUGCAUUCAAUCUUCGCAUUGAAUGCUUUUUUGUGUAUCACCUUGUGUACAUUUGUACAAAUGUUCAAAAACAUCCCUGCCAUGUUGAGUCAUAUUGGGGCACCUUUUAUACUUGUAUAAAUAUUGGUGUUGAAGAAUUUUCAUGUGCAGUGCAUGGUGUAUGAGUGGUGUUUUAUUGUUACUGCAUUGUAGUGGGGGUGGGGGGGGGGGGGUGCAUUGGGCAUUUUGUGGGCACAUCUUAUAAUAAAGUUUGUUUCUUGGAGGA